AAAGCUUUGUCAUUGCCAGAUUUCUACAACUGGAACAGAGUGAAGAUACGUUACUGUGAUGGUUCAUCGUUCACUGGUGAUGUUGAGGAAAGAGACCCUGUCUCCCAUGUUUACUACAGAGGAGCCAGGAUAUGGCGUGCUGUUAUUCAAGAGCUACUUGCUAGAGGAAUGAGGACGGCCGAGACUGCUCUUCUUAGUGGAGGUUCAGCCGGAGGAUUGGCCUCGAUACUUCAUUGCGAUAGCUUUCGAGGCUUUCUUCCAUCGAGUGCCAAGGUUAAAUGUCUUUCAGAUGCUGGUUAUUUUGUGCAUGUGAAAGAUAUCGCCGGAGAAGAAACCAUCAAGGCCUACUACAAUGAUGUUGUGACUACACAUGGAUCUGCAAAGAAUUUGCCUGGCUGCAACUCAGCAAUGGAGCCAGCAAUGUGUUUUUUCCCACAAUACAUGGUCCAUGAAGUGAAGACGCCUCUGUUUAUUCUGAAUUCAGCUUAUGACUCAUGGCAGGUUAGUAAUAUUUUGGUACCAGAAACUGCAGAUCCUAAUGGAACUUGGAAGGACUGCAAGCUUCAUAUCUCGCGGUGCUCUCCGACUCAACUCAAAGUCUUGCAAGAGUACAGGGGGAACUUUUUGAAUGCACUGAAGGCAUUGGAUGAGUUGAGGUCCAUGGGCAUGUUCAUAAACUCAUGCUUUAUCCACGGCCAAACACGAUUGCAAGAGGCAUGGUUCGGUGCUCACUCCCCUACGCUUAACAACACAAGAAUUGCCACUGCGAUCGCAGAUUGGUUCUACGACCGAAGAGGCUUCGUAUGGAUCGAUUGCCCCUACCCUUGCGACUCGACUUGUCUCAAUGUAUGAUCUCUUGAUGGUAUCUUGAAGCAAUGUGCAACCUUUUCCCGGAGAGAAUAAUUUUUUAAGGUUCAUCUAUUUUUAAAAUU